AGCUAACUGAGGUCUGCUCAACAUAGACUAGCUUCACAGUUACAGCCCCAGGGGAAUCAUGAUGGUUCCCUUCCUGCUGUUACUGCUGCUGUCUGGACUCAUGGCUAAUGAACUUUGUUUUCAGAUAUCAGAUGGAAUCAUUUCCAUGAGCUCAACAGAGUGCAAUGUUACUGAUAACAGAAAAGUUUACUCUCCUUGUAUAUUCAGUGGAUACAACUGCAUGCCCCAGUGCACUGUCCAAAGUCCCCAAAAAAGGAUGUUCAAUGGUUCCUUAACCUGCUUUGACAUUGAGACCACAUUUGACGACCGCAUGGUGGAGCACACAACACAGGGUAUUACCUGCAAGUGUCACAUUUGCCAUCCAAUCCCAGUCAUGAAGCUGCUAAAUGACCUGAGCCGUAACGAUUCUCUGCAGACUGAAAUAAUGAAACUCUAUCACAUAAUACAUUCAUGCGACAAGCUCUUUGCUAUUAACGAUUAUCUCAUGAGAAACUUCAUUAAAGUGGAAAAAAACAUCAUCCAUAACAUUAUGGAGAACACCCAGCUUGAGGCUGGAGGCAACAAAACUUACAACAUGGAAGAUUUAUCACUGAAUGUGAUCAAUAUCAAUGAGGCUAUACUCAACUUAAUGGGAAAAAACUCCACGAUCCAGGUCGAGGCUCCACAGCUGUGGACUGAGAAUGAGUCUUUUAUUCCUGAUGUUUGGCUGCCUGUGGACGCGCUGCGUGAUCUCCCACAGGAGACUAGGACCAUUGGUUUGGUCAGCUACAAGUCGCCCAUCCUUUUCCAAUCUCCUCAUCAGUUCCAACAGGAGCAAAUCUCAUCAAUGAUUCUCAGGAUAGAGCUGCUGGGGGAUCAGCAAUUUCAAAAUCUGCCAACAUCAGUCAUGAUGAUUUUCAGAACUUUUCUUGAACUAAAAAACCUGGAUAAUGACACGUGGUUAGAGUGUCGCUUUUUUGAUGAACAAGAUUGGGUCUGGAAAAAUGAUGGAUGUGAGACUGACACUGAAACCUUCCACCCAUUGGGCUUCGGGGGGAAGACAGGGCACAUCCUGGACAGGUCGCCAACCAAUUACAGUGAAACCUUUAAUGACCAAAUCACUUGCAGAUGUAAUCAUACGACACCAUUCGCCGUGUUGCUGAUAAGAGACCCGAUUGCACAAAUCCACUGGGAAAUACUGUCAUACAUCAGUUACAUUGGCUGUGGUCUGUCUGCCUUCUUCACUGCUUUGUCUCUCGUCAUUUAUGUCUUCAGUCGAAACCAGAAAACAGAUUACUCCAUCUCCAUUCAUGUCUCUCUGAGCGGGGCCUUGUUCCUGCUCAACACCACCUUCCUGCUGACGGAGUGGGGGGCCACAGUGAAACUGGACUGGGUGUGUGUGUUUGUGGCCGCUCUCAUGCAUUACUCCCUGCUCUGCUGUUUCACCUGGAUGGCCAUAGAGGCUCUUCACCUGUACCUCUUGCUGAUAAAGGUGUUCAACACCGACUACAAGCACUACCUGGUCAAACUGUCUCUGGCUGGAUGGGGGAUCCCUGCUGUAAUCGUGGCGGUGUCUGUGGGAAUGAAGGACUUCAAACAGUUCUAUGGAGUUACACACAUGACCAUGGCUGAUACCAACCAAACCAACUCCAUCUGCUGGAUCACAGACGACUCCUUCUUCUACUCCUUGAAUCUGGUCUACUUCACCCUCAUAUUCAUCUUUAACACCGGCAUACUGGUGGCAGUGGGUUCCAGUAUCUGCAAGAUGAAACAAAUGUUGAGGAGCAGGUCCAAGCUCGGUGCCAAGGCUGAGGUGCGAAAAAGCCUAAGAGACCCGCAGAGGUUCACUGAGUCCUGCAAGGGGGGUCUUACUGUGUUAAGUCUCACCUGCCUGAUGGGGACCACCUGGGGUUUGGCCUUCUUGGGCUCAGGAUACAUCAACUACCCAAUUCUCUACCUCUUCUGCAUCCUCAACUCCACACAAGGUUUCUUCAUCUUCCUGUGGAUCUGUCUGUCAGCCAAGAAGCAGAGGAAGAGGGAAAUGGAGGAAAAAUUGAGUUCAACACCUGUGAGGACUUUAGCAACCAAAUCUGAAUAGUCCCCUUUUGCUCUCUUUUGUCUGUGUGAAAAAGAUGGCCACUCAUUUGGAGCCCUUCAUGUUUCCAUUUGAGCAUUUGAUGUAAAUAUUGUUCUCUGUAACUUUAAAACUGUCCUCACUUAAAGCUGGGGUUGGUAAUCAGAUUUAGAUCCACUUUUUGUUAUACUGGUUAAAAUGAUCUUUAUGU